AACCACCAUGGUUGGUACGAAUAUGCAUAUAGCGCAAUGUACCCUCACUACACAUCUCUCCUCGGGUGCGAUGACGCUAGACUGGACAACGUUAUGGACUAACUAGUUCCGUGCUCGUUCGCUUGUUCCCUCCAAUCUGAAAGUUUGGUGUCAGCGGGGAGACGAGCAGCAGCACCAGCUGAGCGACGACAAAUCAGAGCGCAGACAAGCCCGACCACUCCCAUGACUUCCAUCUAGGAAAACCUCGAAGAACCUGAGCUGACGGGAGCAAUUGAUCCAUAUGCAGUACCCCAGUGAGGGCCGUGGAUAUAUGCGACAUGCAUGCAGGCCGUCUGCAUCACGUCUCGACCACGCAAGGCGGUGAGAGAGCCAAUCCAAAGGGACAGCCCGGGGCAACUGGGAAGCGGAGCCGUUUGGCUCGUCGUUUUUGCCCGUCCGGGUCCUGCAGCUCAGCGAGGUCUGGUAGCUAAUACUGACGCUAACGUUAGGCACGUCGCCUCGACAUCAGCAACCAAUUUCAGCAAAGUACUCCCCUCGAAUAGCCCCAUCAACUUUUCUGCUUGUUCCAAGAAACUCUUGCGCUCGCUUUCAGCCUGGCAAGCCGCUACCCGGCGCCCCGGGUCGCGGUAUGACAAGCCGGUACGGAGUAUAGGCGAAUCCAUCCGCCUGGCUUCAAGAAAGUUUGGCCUUGAUCAGCUCCCCGUCCGAGCUCAAGAUCGGAUGGCAACAUCCCAAGCAUGUGUGUCUCGCUGUCCGUUCACGUCUCAAGAUCCUCGCCUAUAACCGGUCCGGCUCCCGCCUUCGCCGUCUCAUAUCAUUGAAUCAGCGUAUUGAUCGUUUGACAAUCCGGGCGUGUCCAUAAUCGCGCGUCACCGGUCGAGCUGGACGUGGAAAAGGGAACCUGCGUUGGGCUCUCAUUGAGGUAUCUAGAUGAGGUCCUGGUUCUGAUUUCCAGAGAAACAUUCAGC